UCUCCCUUUUGUCCUCCCCUUUCUCCGUCCGGAGGAGCCGAGGAGUUGUCGUCUGUCCGUGGGUCUCGACUCCAUCGGUCUUGCGCGCUAUCUCCGAGGCUCCGGCGACGCGGCUGGGCCUUGUGCAGCGACGGCCGGCUGCUCCGACGUUAGUCCCCGGCGAUCCCAUCUCUCCGACGACUGCAGUGGAAUUGCUCCGAGAGCAGAGCUCUCCAGGUCUCCAUGGAUCUGGACACCACACGAAAGCGGCCCCGUGAAAGUGGCGUCGCCGUCGAUCGGCUCAGCGCGUUGCCGGACUGCCUCCUCCAUGUCAUCAUGUCCUUCAUGAAGGCCAGGCAGGUGGUGCAGACGUGCAUGCUGUCCAAGAGGUGGGAGCACCUCUGGCGCACCGUGCCGUGCCUCGAUGUAGAUCAUCGGGAGUUCCAAAGCACAGGUGAAGCUGCACAGGGCGACAAUGAGGUGUGGCAGAAUUUUGAGGAUUUUGCGGACAACCUGAUGCUUCAUCACCAGAUUGCACACCUGGAUACGUUCCAGCUGCAUGUUAAUAAUGUGUAUCGUUGGGGUCAACAUGCAUCUAGGUGGAUUCGUCGCAGCAUCAAGUAUAACACCAAGGUUCCUGGCAUUCCUCGCCCGGGAUUGAGCUGCAGUUCUUGGAGCCUCAAAAGACUACAUCUUUCUAACAUUUGUGUGGAUGAUCUGUUCGCAAAGCACAUUAGCUCAAUGUGCUGCUCUCUGGAGGAUUUGAAUCUCAAAGGAUGCAGAUUUGCAUUCAAUGAGAUCACGUCCCACUCACUGAAGAGCUUGGUGAUCGACAGCUGCGACAGCAAGCUUUGUCCUUCCAAACUGGUUGUCACGGCUCCUGCCAUUGCCUCCCUGUGCCUUAUUGUGAAAUUGUGGUUUUUCCCCGGCGGUCUCAUUGUAAAUGAAAUGCCAUUCCUUUCGAAAGCAUCCAUUCUUGUUUCAGCCACCUACGACGGAAAGAACUUCCAACACAAUCAAAGCAAGUUUCUUGGUAGCCUCUGUAAUGUGACAACUUUAGAGCUGUCAGGUUUUCAGACAAUGAUUAUACCUGAGGAACCGGUUGAGUUACCAGAAUUCAAGAACCUCAAGAUCUUAUCCCUUGACAAGUGUGAUCUUAGUGACAACUUCCAGUUAUUGAAGCACUUUCUGCAGAACUCGCCUAAUUUGGAGAAGCUCACGUUGCGGCUUUGCGAGCUGCCAAAGGAUUCUAAGAAAAGGAAAGGGAAGGCCAAGGCGAAGAAAACACGUUUGGUGGAUAUCCGGUGUGAGAACCUAAAGCUUACUGAAAUCAUCUACGAUGCUGAUGAUGUCCUCCAACUGGUCGGGCUUUUGCUGAACGAUUCAGCAAAUCUUCCUAAGAACAACAUAAAACUCAGCAAAGUUGAUCGUUAGUAUGGUUAGUUCAGGCCCUCUUUUGUGAUGACCGAUUCUUAGGCCUCUCCUGAAUUCACAUGUCUUGUCUGUCUUCCGAUGCACUGUCAGUUGUGUAGUUGAAAUGCACCUAUCUUUUGACUUGUCUAAUCGGUUUAAGACUGCUCUGUUCUGUUAGCUAUUGCAUGUGUUCUUGCGCGCUGUGAUGCUAGGUUAAUGAAGUGAUAGCGAUUGAUACUUAUGGCUAUGAACAGACCAAUUUCUUACUAUAGAGCAUGUUCAAAA